UUUGUUUGUAGGUUAUGUUUUAGUCGUCAAUUGUCAAAAUUAAUUUCCAGUGUUUUUCGUGAAAUUAUUUGGAUAUGUUGAAGUUUUAAUGAAAUACCUUUGGUUUUCUUGGUAUUAACCAUUUGUGAUUGUCGAUUUUAAUAUACGCAAAUACUGCUGUUUCACCAUAAUGACUAUGUAUAUAAUUUCGAUUAUUACGGGUUGACAUUGAGAUGAGAUGUGAAUACAAAAGUCGAUGCGCACUUUUUACGUGAAUUACCAUUUUCAAGUACAUACUUUACAAUCAUUUUCGAUAUAGUGAUACAUGUAACCUUAAAGAAAUACAGUAUACCUAAAAAUUAUCAAAAUGACGAUGAGUCAAUUAUCCGUAUUGAAACUUUACAACACAGUGGUGGACGAUGUGAUAGCUGGUGUGCGGGAUUGCUUUCUUGAUGACGGUGUGGAUGAACAGGUUUUGCAAGAGUUAAAACAGUUAUGGAAGACAAAGUUAACGGCCAGUGGAGCUAUGGACCCUCCGCAACCCGAAGCACCCGUAAUGCCGCCACCACCGGCACUACAAAACUUCCAGAAAGCCAAUGGCAGUAAUGUUAUACCAAAAAGAGCUCCGGAUAUGGCAUCUCAAAGUUCAAGCCAACAUUCUGGAGUUGAACAUGGUGGGGCACCAUCGUCUAAUAUACCUGGUGCUCAUCCUCACCAUGUUCUUGAUCCAAACAAUAAAGUUCCAGUGCAAUUAACAUUACCAGCUCAACCAGGUGUACCUGGAUCACAACCACGUUCCUUUACCAUACAAAUUCCAGCAUCUGCUCUUAAUGGAAAUAAACUACACCAAGUCCUUACAGGUCCUAUUAUUAAUGCAACAAUAAGUUUGCCGCAGCCUCUGGCUGCCACUCUCUUACAACAACAUAUCAAUUCAGCAUUAGCUGGCCAACAGAAUGAAUUUGAUGGUGGUGGAGGUGGCAGGAGCGGUGCUGCUCCAUUCUCAUUGGAUGGUGCGUUAGAUUCAUCUGAUGAUGAUGGCUCAAAUGUUGGUGAUGGUUCUGAAGAUGGUGGUGGAGAUGAUGAUGAAGACGAGGAGUCAGCAGAGGAGAGAGCUGAAGAGGAAGAAGAGGAAAGAGAUGAGAGUGGAGGUGCAGAAGAGGAGCCAUUAAAUUCUGGUGAUGAUGUUUCGGAUGAAGAACCCGGUGAUAUGUUCGAUACUGAGAAUGUUGUUGUAUGCCAAUAUGACAAGAUAACUCGUAGUCGCAAUAAAUGGAAAUUCUAUCUCAAAGAUGGGAUAAUGAAUUUAUCUGGUAAAGAUUAUGUUUUUCAAAAAGCUAAUGGUGAUGCGGAGUGGUGAAUGUAUCCAUGUAUGUUUGACAAGUGCUUAAAAUGUUUGUGUGAUUCGUCCUGGUUGUUGCUAAAAGGAAACAAAAAAGACAUUGACAUAAUGGUAUCUCAAAUGUAUGGUCAAAUUUAAAUAAUGGUAACCUAUUAUUGUAUAUUCAUAUAAUAAGUUACACUUAGGAAAAUAUCAAUAAAGGUGAUAGAUUCUUUUCAAUUACAAUUUACAGCAUAUUGGUACAUAAUGUUUAGACUAAAAAUUUUAGUUCAUUGUAUAGUAUAAAAUUUUAAAAAGCGAUACUUUUAUAACUAUGAGGAGGUACAGUGACUAUGUGAAGUAUAUAUGCGUUGGGUGUGAUUUUACUAGGUUAGCUUCACUAUAUAAUAUAUGUAUUGUGGUAACAAUUAUAAAAAUUAACAUUAGUUAAACCAAAAAUAAUGAUAAAAUAAAAGCAUGAAAGUGCCAAACAAAUUCUUAAUUUUUAAUAAGUUUUCUGAAUCACUGUUUAAACAAAAUAUAAUGUGCUAGUGUGAGUGAAGCUAAAACGGUUUUAUAAUGUCAACCCAGCUCCAACUACAACUCAUCAGAUAUUAACGGAAUAUAAAAUCCAUUUGACUCAUUUAAACAGAUUGUGAAAUCAAAUAUUAUUCAAUAUUCAUCCUUCUAUCCUUUACUUUUCCCGUUGUUUUUUUUUUGUUCUCAUACGAAUUAAUUAAUCUUAUUAUACCCUUAAUCAUUCAAAAAAUUAUAAUAAUCUUAAUUGUCUAAUGAAUGUUGAUGUUAAUUUUGGAAAUGAAUUGUGUAAUAGUAUAAGUAAGAAAAUAAUUUCAGUUUAUAUUAUCAUCCGUAGAACUUUCUACCCUUAAGAGCACAAAUUUUGUUUAAUUUCUUGGUUAUUUCCUUUUUACACUGUCACUAAUUUAAUAUUGUGAUAUGAAUAUUAGUAAUUCUUAUGUAAAUUUUAAUUAGAAUGCUGCCAAUUUUUGUAAGCCAGUAAUUGGAUUUCUUACCUUGCCUGGUUUACAGCAAUUAAUAAGUUACUGUUCAAAUAAUGUAACAUUCUUAGGAUUAUGGUCCCUUAUGUGAUGAAGUUUGAUAAGAAUGGUAAUAAUAAAAUAUGUUGCAUUA